CAGGCCCCGAAAGGUUGGACCAUCGACUUCCUUCUUCCCAUUCGCUCCCCCGCGCUCCUUUCCCUCUCUCCCCCCCAUCCAGUGUGCCAUUGUCGAGCGUCUACCCCGGCCGCAUUCAAGAUGACCAUCAACCCGACCUUCCUUGCGCAGCGCACGCGCUCCUCUGCCAACUGGGGCGAUGCGAAGCGUCGUGUCCUCAAGACCUAUAGGGAAUGGCUUAGAGCGUCCCCCGAGAUUCAGACCAUGUACUCUCUGAACAUGCCCGUCUCUGUUAUCCGGACCAAGAUCCGCCAGGAAUUCGAGAAGCACCGCUACGUCCAGCAGCUGAAUGUCGUCGAUGUGCUGCUGUAUCAGAGCCACUCUGAGUUCCAGGAAACCCUCAACUACUGGAAGCAGCUGUCGCAUGUGAUGAAGUACUUCCGGCCCGAGGAGGAGCCCGGUGCUCGCCUCCCCCCCAACUUCAUCUCGGGUUUCUUGGAAGGUCGCAAUUGAUUGUCAU